AUGAUACCUGAAUUUGAUAUGACAAAUUUAGGAUUACUUCAUUACUUUCUUGGAGUUCAAAUUAUUCAAAAUGAUCAUGGUAUAUUUAUUUCACAAGAAAAAUAUAUAUGUGACUUACUGAAAAAGUUUAAUAUGUUUCAUUAAAAGACUUGCUCUACUCUUAUGAAUAUAAAUGAUAAAUUAUGUCUUGAUGAUAGGACUACAAAAACAAAUGAACACUUCUAUAGAAGUAUUGUUGGUGGUUUGAUGUAUUUGACUCAUACUCAUCUAGAUAUAUUAUUUUCAAUUGGUAUGAUUUCAAGAUUUAUGCAUUCACGAUCUGUUCAUCAUCUUAGAGCAGCAAAAAAAAUACUUCAAUAUGUGUGUGACACUAUUAAUUAUGGAAUUCUAUAUCAACUUGUUACUGAAUUUAUUUUUUUUGGUUAUUCAAAUAGUGAUUGGGCAGGUUCUAUUGAUGAUAGAAAAGUACAAGUAGUUUUUAUUUCAGCUUUGGUUCAAGUGUAA